UACGGACAAGCGAAGAGGCUGUCGUUUUUUUUUUUUCUUCUCUCUCCUAGUCGCUUCUUCUUCCUCCCGAGUCCCGAAUCCCGAUCCAUCCGCAGAGCGCCGCCUGAACCCGUCUCGUUCGCGGCCCAUCUCCUCCCUCCGCUCGCCGCGCCGCAACCCGGAGAAGAGACCGCGCUCUGUCAAGCACUACCUGGGGCCCAGCAUCCUCGCGACCCGCUCCGGCGCGGCGCCCGCCCUCUGCAGCCCCGGUGUCCCGGCUCCGGCGCGGCCGGCACACAGCUCCACAGUCAAUUACCGGGUCCAACCCUGGUGGUCAGCUGGACUCAUCGCACAUGGAGCACGCUAAGUCAGGCCCCAGCAGUUGGCCGGAACUGGCCGAUGUGGUGCCGGUGCCGCAGGACGACGGGCCUAGCCCCGUGGUGCCCAUCGCCUACCGAGAUGACUUCCGUGAGGUCAUGGAUUACUUCCGUGCCCUUUACUUCACCGGUGAGCGAAGCCCCCGUGCUCUUCGCCUCACCGCCGAGGCCAUCGAGCUCAACCCUGGCAACUACACCGUUUGGCAUUUCCGGCGCCUUAUUCUGGAGGCACUAGAUUUUGAUUUACUGGAGGAGAUGAAAUUUGUCGGAAAAAUUGCUGAAUGUAAUCCAAAAAAUUACCAAAUCUGGCAUCAUAAGAGGUGGCUUGCUGAGAAAUUGGGACCUGAUAUUGCAAACAAAGAGCAUGAAUUCACAAAGAAGAUACUUGCUAUUGAUGCAAAAAAUUACCAUGCUUGGUCUCAUAGACAGUGGGUUCUUCAAGCGUUGGGGGGAUGGGAGACUGAAAUGGAGUACUGCAACCAGCUGCUUAAGGAAGAUGUCUUCAACAAUUCAGCUUGGAAUCAGAGAUACUUUGUUAUAACAAGAUCACCGCUUCUUGGUGGCCUUACAGUGGUGCGUGAUUCAGAAGUAGACUACACAAUUGAAGCUAUUCUAGCAAACCCUCGGAAUGAAAGCCCCUGGAGAUACCUCAAAGGUCUAUACAAGGGUGAGAAUAACUUGCUAGUAGACGAUGAGCGCAUCUCUGGUGUUUGUUUCAAGGUCCUGAAGAAUGAUUGGACUUGUAUAUUUGCUUUGGGUUUGCUGCUCGAUCUUCUCUGCACUGGUUUGCAGCCUUCAGAUGAACUUAAAUCCACCCUUGAACCGAUAAGGAGCUCCCAUCCUGAAACCGCAGAUGCUGAUCCUGCAACCGUUGUUUGCUGUAUCCUGCAGAAAUGUGAUCCCCUGCGGGUAGAAUAUUGGUCUUGGUUCAAGGCCACUAUUUCUCAGAUGUCCUGACUUCACAUGGGUUCACCCAACCGUUGUUUGCUGUAAACCUGCAGAAAUGUGAUCCCCUGCGGGUAAAUUAUUGGUCUUGGUUCAAGGCCACUCUUUCUCAGAUGUCUUGACUUCACAUGGGUUCACCCCUUUUUGUCCUCGUUGGGACGGACUCUGAGAUAGACAUAGAUAGUUUCAUUGUAUCUGCAUGAUGCAAACCCAACCUUCAGUGUGACUGAAAGCAAUACUUGUAACGAAUUUGUUUAGUAAAAUUUAUCAGUGUUACUGUCCCAACUAACACCUUGUGCAACCAAUGUUUGAAUAUUUCACAUGUAAGCUUGAAUAAAGGUGGGCUUGUUAACUAGUA